AUGAGUCUGCCAUGUACAGACGCCAGUCUCCAGAAGAGGUGGCCCAACUUGUGUGCUUCUGUGACUGGUCGCCGAGUGGAGAUUGGCCCUGGAGACUGCGUCUCUUCUCAAUGCUCACUUCAUGGCCGACUUUCCGACAGGAAAAUGCUCAAAACGGAAAACAUGCCCAGUUUCAAGGAGACGAUAGAAGAACGACUGUAG